AUGGUCAAUUCAGUUAUACUAAACGGAACUUGGACGGUCCAACAUAAAAUCGGUGAAGGCGCUUUUGGUCAGGUAUAUCAAGUUAUAAACAACAAAACUAAAAAGAAGUAUGCAGCAAAACGAGAAGCUAUUAACAGCUUUCGUUUGCAAAAGGAAGUCGAACUGCUAGAUUUGUUAAAAGAUUAUGACUUUGUCCCAAAAUGUUAUUGGCGUGGGCAACAUGACGAAUACCGGGUAUGUGUCAUGGAUUUGCUUGGACCUUCACUAAAGCAGGUUAUAGAAGUUUUUAGGACAAUCCCUUUACCAAUUGUUCGAUAUUUAGCGAUACAAAUGGUCAAUAUCAUGGAGGGUGUACAUCGUCAGGGUAUUGUCUAUAGAGAUGUAAAGCCUGAUAAUUUUCUUUUGGAGUAUGAUUUCAAACUACCCGAGUUUGAUCAAGAACAACCACCCGACAUUCAAUUAUUGUAUCAGAAUCAACACACUGUAUCAAUAGUUGAUUUCGGAUCGUCUGAUAGUUAUCGAGAUCCAAAGACAGGAAGGCACAUAACUUAUCAAAAAGACCGAUACAAAACAGGCACGCAUAGUUUUGUCAGCCUUAAAGUUCACGAUGGGCUUUCGCACACCAGACGAGAUGAUCUGGAAUCGCUAGGAUAUCUAUUCGUAUAUCUAAUAAGAGGAAAGCUACCAUGGACCGGAAUUAAAGGACGCAAUGCACAAGAAGUAUGGGAUGCCGUGUCUGAAAUGAAGGCGGACUUUCCACUGGAGAGAUUAUGUGCAGAACUUCCAAAAGGCUAUUUCGAUUUCAUUAAAUAUACUAGAUCUUUGUACUUUUCCCAAGAUCCAGAUUAUGAUUAUCUACGUAAACUGCUUGAAGACACACUGCCUGAAUCGGAAAUGAAUAGUCCUCAAAUUUCAAACUUUGGAAAUUCCACAAGAGUACACGUAGACCCGAAUUCUUGUCAAGUUGUUGGGCAAAAUCAGAGGCAGCAUCAACGACAAGAUUCUGAAGCAAAUCGAACAAUUGCACAUUUUUCACAAAAUGCAUUAUCACAAAGACAAAGUUUUGAAUUGAAUAAUGAAGUUUAUACAAAAUUGGACGGCCGAUCAAACUUAAUUAUACAAAAUUCACUUGAUCAACUUUUACAUAUGAAACGAAAUUCCAAUCAAUCGUCACCCAAUAAUUCUAAUCAAUCGACACGUAAUAAUAGCUAUGACAGCUACAAAACUUUGUCGCCACCUCUCACCAAUCAUCAAUCAGCACAAUACUAUAACAACGACACAUCGGACUCGAAUCAUCGACCAACUUACUCACCACCACAACUCCAAAGGAACACUAAAAUAAAAAGUAAUAAUACACAAACUUUUUAUAUCAAUGAUCGAGCACCAAACAUAAAAGGACCAAUGUCCCCUCCAGCAUCAAGAAACACUACGCCUACGAAUAACCAGAUACACCAGCAGCCGUACAAUGAUAACCAGCACAAUAACUACAACAGUUUCUACACCAAAGAUUCGAAUCGUAAUUCUAAUUUUCAAGAUUCUAAUCGUGAUAACAAAUCAUGGUGUCUUAGAGAAUCACGAUAUACUCAAAUGGGACGGAAUUCAUUACGUUCAGAUAAUAAUCGUUCAGGUAAUGUUCGUGUGUAUUAUAACAAAGAUAUUUCAUUAAACCAAGAGAAGAAUUCAUAUAGACAAGAAAAUCAAAAGGAUGUAUCAAGCGGAUAUAUAUACUCUUCUCAAAUUAGAGAUAAUGGAUUUGAUGUGUCACGAGGAAGCAGUCCUAAUCAAUAUUCGCAAGAAAAACCUCGAAGGAAUGGAUACGAAAUAGAGAAAUCUAGCAAGUCAAUAUUCAAGACUAACAAUGAUUGUGCACCACAUCAAGGUUCCAUAUUAGAACAGGAAUCAAGACAAUAUUUAUGCACCUCGACAUAUGACAAAUUCUCACAGACGACACCCGCUUUCAUCUCAGAAGAUCCUCCAUUAAUCACAGUUGAAAAAGUUGAACAGCUGUUGGAAGAAAAACGAAACCUUGUCUUAACAAUCAAACGAUUAGAAACACAACACAAAAACCUUGAAUCAGAGUUAGACGGACUGGUUAUUCGAAAACAGCAAACUGAAAAUGAUAGGAGACAACUCAGAGCCCAAAUCGAUUCUAUAAGCAUGGAGAAUAAAAAUGAGCAGCAUCUACGACAAAAAUCACAAAAAAGAAACAUUAAUCUUGGUAUGAAUGCCCAUGAUCUCAAAUUGACUUUAGAAAGGUUGCAGAUACAAUUCGAGGAAGCUCAAGAGGAAAAUAAGAACAUAAAUACGAAAUGUCGGGUCUGCUCGGUGGAGACUAUCACUCAUGCUAUUCUUCCCUGCUAUCAUUUUGUUAUGUGCGAGAAAUGUGCCCAGGCAGCCAAAAAAUGUUGUGUAUGCGAAAAACAAAAAGAGGGUAUUGCUCGCUUCUAUUAUGGAUGA